AUGGACAUUUGGACAGCGGAGCUGCGGCGCGCCCACUCAUGGCUCUUGGCGGACGACACAUACCGGAACAGUGCCAUGAAGCCACAGCGACUCCUCGGGCACCUAGAAGGGGAUGCCGUGGUCGAGAUGCUUAAGUUCGCACCUGGCGAUUUACGUCUCACACUGGCGGCUGUGAGUCCCAAAGUGCGCUUGCUUGCCGAACUGCUGGAAUCACGACUGCCGAGGACUCUGCGCCUUCUUCUCGACGACGCCACGGUGAUGCACGAGCUGGUAUCCUAUGCGGCUGGUGCGUCAUUCCUUCAACAGUUGGACGCGGUGGCUUGGUGGAUCGAGAAGUGCGGAAUUCCCGUAUCGGUCCGAGGCGACGAGGCGGCCGUAACGCUACUUACUUCGUCUCACGUAAGGCCCAUCCUAAGGGGGCUUAGCCUUUCGCUUCUUGUGCGCGCGUGCCCGAUUCCCGUGGAUGUAUUACUCCGCCUAGAGAGGAUUGACAUGUGCGGCGAAGCCUUCGCCUCUCUUGUAGCAGACCCAUCUCAAAUGGCUCAGCUGAGAGAGCUGCACGUUGCACGCUGCACAAGCGCCGCGCUUCUGCGGCUUUAUCAGUUGCCUAGCCUCAGAACUCUCAGCAUCGAAUCUAAGAUUGACGUGGAACCGGUCGGCAACGAAAAUGUUGCCGAGAACCCUCAGCAUAACCUCGGAGUAGACGAGAUCGAUAUGCAUCUGAUGGCUUCUGCGCGCUCCCUGCAGCACCUUCGCUUAAGUAGCAGUGGCCUGUCCGUGGUGUCCGGCUUCGACUGUUGCGAGUCACUUGCUACCGUCACUGUAGUCAACUGUGAGCGACUGCUCUCUCUGUCGUCGCUAGCCCACGCCGUUCAUCUGAGGUCCAUCUCCAUCUCCUGGUCUGGCGUGCGUGACCUGGGAGCACUUGCCGCGUGUCCGUGCCUGGAACGGAUUACCUUUGAUACGUGCAGAGCGGUGGAGAGUUUGGCUGCCCUGGCUGGCGCGCCACGACUACGGGAGGUGGACGUGUUUUGCAGUGGAGUGCGCGACGUCAACGGGCUGGCAUCGUGCCCCUACCUCGAAACAUUAUGUGUGACAGCAUGCCGGUUUGUCACGGAUUUGUCCCCCUUAGCGGGUGCGCCGCGCCUACGAAUCAUUGAUGCCUCCUUCAGCGCCGUGAGAAAUCUUCACGGCUUGGGCACAUGCCCCUCCCUGGAAGUUGUGCGGCUGGAUGCGUGCAUAGCAGUUCACAACUUGAAUCCGCUGGCUGAUGCACCAAGACUCAAGUAUGUGUUCGUCAGAGGUUUGGACCAUGCAGCGCUCUUAUACCCGCCGAGCUUGACGCCAAAGAUUUUUCCUGCCGCAGCAGGUUAA